AUGGGCCGCCCCUUUGCUUCAGCGGUCGCGCGGGCUCUGGCUCUCGCCGCGAUUGCCGUCGCCGCCCCGGCCGGCUCCACCCCGCUCCGGAGGCAAACCUCCGGCGACGAGGCGUGCGCGGAACUCGGCCGAGCGUACGAUGAGGCUGCAUUGACAGACUCAACAGAUAACGUGGUGGUGAAGCCCUCGGUGGCAUACCGGUGUCUGAAAUCGAUCCCGGUAGACGUUGAGAGGGACGUUGCGCUUGUCAAGUACCUCCGGCCGUGGCUCGAGUUCCAAAGCACCAUCGGGAUCUUGCCCAACCCACCGGAAGGGUACAUGUACCCGGGAGUCGACAUCUUUGGCGGGUUUGACAACAUCACCCGCUCUCUCGAAAGUGACGGAUACGAAUCGCAGCUGGACUUCGCCGUGGACCUUUACAGACUGAUCAACAUCAAGCCUCGCGAUGGGCACUUGUCUUGGUCAUCCGCCCUGAAUGUCUUGAUCAACUUCUCAACCCCCGCCCUGUUUGUGUCGAUUUCAGAAGACGGCGUCAAGACACCAAAGGUCUACCUCUACUCCGACUACGAGCGAAGCCUGCGGCAAGGCUACAGCGCAUCGGACGUCAAGUCCUUUGACAAUUCGCCCGUCGUCGACUACCUGCAGCAGCGGUCGGCCGACAACUCGCGGGACCAGGACCCCGAUGCGGCGUACAACGAGCAGCUUUACAGCGCGGCCAUGGCCAACGUCGGCGAGACCGCCGGCGCCACAAGGUAUUCCCACACGACCCUCAACGACGAGAGCGUCAUCGAGUUCACCAACGGCACCAAAGUGACUGUUGCCAACACCGCCCGCAUUCUCCAAGAUUUCUCCGGCAUCGGCUCCGGCAGCGACGUGCACUACCGGUUCGAGGUCCCCGGGGACGACGGCAGGGCGGAAGUGAGACUGAACACGUCUUCGCCGGACUUUUCCCCCGAACUAGAGGGUUACCCGACGCCCUUUGUGCUGCACGAGGAUAGGUAUAUCAGCGGCUACCUCUUCGACGGAUCCCCGCUGGAGGACACGGCCGUCCUCGCCGUCAACACGUUCAUCACACGGAACAUCAGCGGGGUUGAAUCUAGUACGGCCACGGAUGACCCCAUCGACUUCUUCAGGGUUGCCAGCGAGUUCGUCGAGACCAGCAGGAGGCAGCGUAAGUCUAAGCUCAUCAUCGACCUGCAGAGCAACGGCGGGGGCCUGGUGGCCAACGCCGUCGCACUCUACGCCAUCCUGUUCCCCGAGGCCGGCAGGGAGACGCACAUGAACAUGCGCGUCCGCGCGCACGCCGCUCUCAACUGGGCCGGGACGACGUUGGAGGAGCUGGGCGAAAAUCUGCAGAGGAUGCCCUACCCAGUCGGCUUUGCCGGCUUCGUCGACGGGGACUUUCGGAACUUCACCAACUGGAAGGACUUUUACGGCCCGGACAAGCUCGGCGACGACGAGUUCUCCAACAUCGUGCAGCCGGAAACGGUGGAGAUCGGCCGCACCGGCAUCCCCGGCGUCUUGGAGAUCCCAGAGCCGUGGUUCAGGCCCGAGGACACGGUCAUCGUCACCGACGGCCACUGCGCCUCGGCCUGCUCCUACGUCGUGGGCAUGAUGAUGCGCGAGCUCGGCGUCCAGGUCCUCGCCGUGGGCGGGCGGCCCCUCGACGCGCCCAUGCAGGGCAUCGGCGGCACCAAGGGCGGGCCCGUCAUCGCACUGCAGCCGUACCAGAGGCUGUACCCGAUACUCGCGCUCUACGCCGAGCCGCCGCCCGACGACAUCGACGUGACGCCCUUUGUCUGGCCGUACCCGCCGCUGGCCGGCACGUCCACGAACACGUGGACCGUCAACUCGGCCAACAUCUACCCGGACGACGACCUCGACGGCACGCCCGUGCAGUUCCGGUACGAGGCGGCGAACUGCAAGCUGUACUACACCUGGGACACCGUGACCAACAUGACCAGCCUGUGGUCGGCGGUGGCGGAUGUCAAGUGGAACGGGGGCAAGUGCGUGCCGGGCUCUACCGCGAACGAGGACGGCACCAUGGGCACGUCUAGGCCUGGGUACUCGGACAAAGUCGUGUCAAGCUUCAAGUGGCCUGCCGGUCCCGGUGACGUGGUCGGGGCAGGCAGGUCCAAUAACGGCGGCGGGGGCGGCGGUAAUGGUAGCGGGGGCGGCGGCGGAGACGAGAACGUUGCCGGCUCGCUCCGCGCUGGUGGGAGCCUAUUGUCCUUCUUGAUGUUCACGAUGGUGUUGGUGUUCGUCAUGUAG